CAGUCAACCCACGUGUAGUCACUUCCUGUUAGGGGGGAGUCCUGAUCAACACACGGGAAUAUCUGUUUUGGAGUGUUUUUAAGCUAUGGAUGAAUUGCCUGCGGAUCUUAAAGCCUUUCUUCUGAACCACCCGUUUCUUCAGCUUACAGAUGCCAAAAAGAUCAAAUGCACUCUGAAUGGCCAUGAGUUUCCAUGCAACCUGACGGAGAUAGAGAAGUUCACUAAAGGGAAGAAGUAUGAGAAGCUGAGUGCCGCAGCAGACUUCAACUACAGCCAGUAUGAGCCACACAUUGUACCAAGCACAAAACAAGCCAAUCAGCUCUUCUGUAAGCUGACCCUCAGACACCUCAACCGGCAGCCUCAUCAUGUCUUGAGACAUGUUAAUGGGAAACGCUUCAAGAAAGCCCUCUCCAAAUAUGAAGAGUGUGUGAAGCAAGGGAUUGAAUUCGUCCCAGCUAGACUCAAACAGAAAAAGCCCAAAGACACUGGAGAGGAGGUCAAUCACGGGAGGCCCUCAAAACAUGGGAACAGCUCGUGGGAGCCCUCAUCCAGUGACGAGGAUCAUAGUGAUUCAGAAGACAGCAUGAGUGACCUCUAUCCACCAACAAUAUUCACUUUAAAAAACCAGGCAGAAGAAGGUAAAGAGGGUGACGGGGAUGAAGAGGAAGAUGACUUCCAAACAGAUGAAGAGGAAGAAAUGGAGGUGGAUAAGCCGGCGCUGCAGAAACGCAAGAAGGUCCAGGGCGGAGGUUUUCAGAAGAAAUUCAGAAAUAACCACUGGAAAUCAGGGCGUAAGAAACAUGGAAAAGUGCCGAAUGGAAAGUAAAAAGCAAAACCAAAUAUGUACAGUAUUUUUAUACCUGGUAGUUUGUCAGGGAGCAACACUGCACUUCCAGUUUGGAGUCGUACUCCUGUUUGAUCCAGCCUGACCUUUUGUAUAUGUGAACAUCCGUUUCAUAUUUUUCGCAUAUGAAAGGUGUCCGUUUUCUGAGCUGUGAUGUUGCACAGCUCAGACGAGACUGGUUUACAUGAAGUGGAAAAUGUGUUAGUGGCAGUAAACACAUAAUUUUAACUGGAUAAGUUGUAUUGUCUGGUUGCAACCAAGUGUGCAAGUAUAAAAUACAUCUCAAUUUGGAUUUGCAAA